AUGAAUCCUUCACUCUUUCCAUCCAAUUCCUUCAUCGCCAUCUUCAUCCUAACCUUCAUCCUCAUUCCAACAGUCAUUUCCUCAACUCAAACAAUCUCCUAUUCCGAUCACUGUAAUUCCUUUGCUCCCGAAGCCAUUCCGACCACCAACAUAUUCACCCGAUACCCGUUUCUCGAACCCGUAACCAGUCAUUACACCGGUGGUCAAAACAUUCUUGGCCCUGAUUCCCCCUCACAAAGAUCCAUCCUUUUUACACCCACAAACAACCUCUUUAGAACUCAAACCUUCGACACAUACAAAAUCCAAGCCCAACUAAGAUUCAUGUCGUCAAAUAUAUACGUUUUCCAAUCUAAUUAUUCACGAUUUUAUCGUCCAUUGGUGUUUAACUUAGAUGGGUUUUGGUCAGUUUCCACUAACAAGCUUUGUAUGGUGGGAUCCGCUCAUUGGUUUUCCAAAAAGGGUAAACCUCUUAAACUUGAUGCUGUUCUUAAACUUAAUUUCGCCAGGUUUAUAAAUUUGAAUAAUAGUUUAGUCAGUGGAAUCUUGGAGAGUUUGGCUUCCGUUCAAGAUUCUGAUUACUUCGAGCCGAUUUCGAUGAUCGGGUUCCCUCGUGUAGCUCAGUUCAAAUACAACUACUCGUUGGUUUCUAACGAAGAGUGUAAUGGGCAAAACGGUAAUUUCACUCAAGAACAUUCGGUAGCUAGUAUGCAAUCUUUAGACUUAUGUUCGAUUUUUACAAAUCAAUUCAAGACUUACAAGUUGGAGAAUCAAGAUACUGGGCACCCACUUUCCUUUCCAUUUUCGCCUUCUUUUUUAUCGUUAUAUGCGAUUCAAUGUUCACCACAUGAAAAAAAGUUACGUUUUUUAGUGGAAUUUCAAGAUAGAAGGAAUAGUCGUUAUGAUCAAUCUUUUAAUCCAAAUAUAACGUUAAUUGGAGAUGGAACAUGGAAUGGAACAAACAACGAGCUUUGCAUACUAGCUUGCCAUAUCUUGAAUCAAACUGAUCCUUUAGGAAGUGCUCAUGUCGGAGAUUGUUCAGUCAGGCUGACCUUAUAUUUCCCUGAAGUUCGGUCAAUCAUGAACACACAUACCACCGAAGGUCAAAUUUGGUCAACCAAGAAAGCGGAUGAUGUCGGGUACUUUGAACCAAUCAAGUUUCAAAGCUUUGAUCAUAGUUUCGAUCAUUAUGGAUCGAAGUAUGAGUUUACAAAAUUGGAGAAAUUAAGACGGAUUUGUCCUGGAAGAAAGAUUCCUAAUUGGGGAUCGAUUGCAUACCCAUCAGGGUAUAAUUGGGAUAUGACUUUCGACAUGUCUGUGAAGCACGGAAACAUGGUUUCCACCGGCUCUGCAGUUCCGAUAUUUGUCGGAAAUCAGUUUUACAACUCACAUACGGUGGUGUCUUCAAAUUCUAAUCCAUUCCAGGCGGCAUCACCCUCAGCCGCCACCAGUUACACCGGUCCGAUGAACAUUAGCUACGAGAUUACAUUCCGUCCGUUUGUUAAUUCAUCGGAAUUGCAAAGCGGGAUUCCGUUGUUAUCCUCUACCAACAAUGGUAAAGUCGAGAUUUCAGCGGAAGGGUUUUACGAUAGUCAAACGGGGAGACUUUGUAUGAUUGGUUGUAGGAAUCUAAAUUCAUCUAGCAAGGAAUCAAGAAAUGAAUCUUUCGAUUGUGAGAUUAUGGUGCGAUUCCGAUUCCCACGUAUCGAACGGAAUAACGGAAGCUUUUUGAUUAAAGGAAGUAUACAAAGUUUACGUGAAAGAUCAGAUGCAUUGUACUUUGAUCCUUUACGUAUCGUUUCUCUCACUUACACUGAAACUGAAGCGAAAGAAUCGAUAUGGAGAAUGGAUUUGGAAAUCAUCAUGGACUUGAUUUCAGUGACACUUUCGUGUUUAUUUAUCGUGCUACAACUCUUUCAUGUCAAAAAGAAUCCAGAAUUGAUUCCAUUGAUUUCGAUUUUGAUGAUGGUGAUUCUUACACUUGGGUACAUGGUUCCUUUAGUGUUGAAUUUCGAGGCAAUGUUUUCAAACACUCGUUACCCUCAAAACAUUCCACUCGGGGGUAGUGGUGGAUUGCUUGAAGUGAAUGAAGUGAUUGUGAGGAUAGUGACAAUGGUAGCUUUCAUUUUGCAAUUCCGUCUCCUCCAAUUGACAUGGAAUUCAAAACCUGGGAAUGACGAACAGAAAAAUUGGAAUCAUGAGAUACGGAGUAUUGUAAUCUGUUUACCGAUUUAUAUAAUUGGUGGAUUGAUCAUGUUGCUAGCGAAGUGGAUUGACAAUGAUUACAUUAUCUCAAGUAAUCGAUCAAUCUGGGGUGAUUUGAGGUCUUAUGCUGGGUUAACACUAGAUGGAUUCUUGUUUCCACAAAUCGUACUUAACAUUUUUCAGAUUUCAAAAGGGAAUGCUUUGUCUUAUUUGUUUUACAUAGGGAACACUUUUGUUCGAUUACUACCUCAUGCGUAUGAUCUUUAUAGGGGACAAAAGAACAUCAGUCGCCAGUUUGAUCGGUUCUAUUUAUAUGCAAAUCCAAGAGCAGAUUUCUACUCAACUUCUUGGGAUGUGUCCAUUGCUUGUGGAGGUUUUGUGUUUGCAGUUAUCGCAUUCUUGCAGCAACGUUUUGGUGGUCGAUUUAUGCUUCCAAAGAGAUUCCAGGAGUCUGUUGAGUAUGAAAUGGUGUCUGUAGUAAACAAUGAGUAA